AUUAGAUUAGAAUGUCAUUUAUGAUAGAUGGUUAAUAAAAUGUAAAAAUUUAAUCAUUUUUAGUAUUCAAAUGGAUAAAUUCACAUCAAUGUCGUUAACACAUAACCAGAAGAUUUUCAAAGUAGAUCUAUAUAGUAUAAUCUUUAGAUUCUAACUUUUAUGAUUAUGAAUAAAUCGAAUCCUAAGGUACAAUUGAAUUAUAAAUUGAAGAAGACACUCCAUAAUUUAGGGACAUGUAUGAAUCUGAUGAAAGAAACAAAAAGUAUUAGUUUAUUUGAUCGUUCAGAUCAUUUAUAGAAAAUUAAAAGAAUCAAUAUAAAAUGAAGUAUCAGAUAUCUUAUUAGAAUGGAUGAC